UCUCCAUGUGUAUGAGGGAACGAGCUGAUCGGACGGAGUAUCUUUGGUGGUACGUUCAAUUGAAAUAAAUCAAAAUCCGACUUUAGGGGUAAAAAAAUAAUGAGUAAAAAGUCCUCCCUUUUAGAAAAUACAUCCACAAACAAUAAAUAACCAAAUAAAAAUCAGAAAAUAUUAAUAAAAUAAUUUAUUAAUAUUAUUUUAUUAAAAUUAGUUUAUCUUAAUUUAUUUUUAAAUAUGUAUGUAAAAGGAUAAAUUUUAUAAAUUUUACUAAAUUUUAUAGAGCAAUACGAAUCAAAAUAUAAAUAUGCUUCGUCGUAAAAAGCGUUCACCACGAAGUAAUAGAAGAUUAGCAAGAGCAAUAAUGAAAGCUUUAUUUACUGAUGAGACAAUAAAAAAAUUGGAUAUUUUAAUUGGUUAUUUAGUAGUUGGAUUUUCUUAUCUCAUGUUUAUUGCCAUCCCUAUAUUUGCUUACAUAUAUGAAAUUCACUGCGCUGUUCCUGAAUUCACUUGGUUUAGAAAUCGUUGGCCAUUUGGAGGACAAGGACAGAAUAAUGGAGGAAAUAAUGGUGGAGGUGGAAAUAAUGGUGGAGGUGGAAAUAAUGGGGGAGGUGGAAAUAAUGGAGGAAAUCAAUUCGGUCAACCAAUACAACCACAAAUACAGCAACCACAAAUGCACCCACAAAUACAGCCACAAGAAAUUCGCCCACAAAUACGACCUCAAAACAUGAUUCCCCAACCUCACCCACACCAUAACUUGCCUCAACCUCGUUCACAAAUACCAUGGUUUCAACACCGACCACAACAACAAGCUUCUUCAUUUGCCGAUAUUAGUUAUACUAAUAUGCCGUCUUCUUCUGAUCCACUGUCUUUCUAUAAUCGAAGCUACAAUCCACGAGCAGGACAUCCAUCUGGCUUUCAGCCAUAUAUACUAGACGAUUCUGAUGAUGAAAGUAUUAUUUCUGAUGGACAUUCACCAUCCCCAGAAUAUUCUUUCCAAGAUCGUAAACGUCGUUCUGUUUCUUUAAUGAACCAGAAUCGUAAAGGAAACAAGAAAAAUGGAGAAAUUAUUAUUUCUGAUAUUUCAAACAAGGAUGCUAGUAAAAAUCGAGGUACAAAGUUAAAAAAGAGUGCCAAGAAAAUCACAAAGGACAAAACAGAACAACAAAAAUUGGAUAAAAAAUUUGAAGGUUUUAUGAUUAAAAUUUUGAAAGUUAUUACAAAUUAUCAAAAUUAUUAG